UUGUCAAGAUCCGCUCAGGGCGCGCUGUCAAGGUCCCCUCCUAUUCUUUCCCUCCGCUUUCAUAGGAGGCUCAUAAGUCGGCACGCAGCAUAUCACCUCCCGUUAACCGAUAUCAUAUACUGCCGGUCCUGGGAGUGGCUUUCCAAAAUACUUCGCCCACCGAGCUUUUGGCUUCUGUAGCCGUCGCUGACGUCACCAGCCGGGUCCUUUUUUUUCCACUGCGGAGUGAUCCGCCCUCGACAGCCCCCCUCCUUCCUCGGCUUUAGAAGGUGAAGCGGUUGUGGCGGAGGAGCACUAAAUGUUACGUUUGCAGAAAGGGGGUACAGAAUAAGCAAUAACAAGUCCUUGGGUCUGUGAGUGGAAUCGUGACGUGAAGCAGAGCGGAAGCAGCAAGGAGUAACUGGACUGGAGUGUGUGUUGCCAAGAACGGAGUAAGGAUCCCACGGACACACAGUGUAGCUUUUGCUAAGGAAGAAAAACACUAGGAUUCUCAGCACAAGUGGUUUUAUCUAAAGAAAUAAAGCCCUGAGCCGCACAAAACUUCAAAACAGCUGGCCAUGCAAUAAUAUUUUGGAUCAUUUUAUUUGUGAGGACUGGAAUUUUUGCAGUAGCUGGCAAGGGGAGAGAACAACGCAACAAUGGGAAGGAGGAAAAUACAAAUUACGAGGAUAAUGGAUGACCGAAACAAACAGGUAACAUUUACCAAGAGAAAGUUUGGGUUGAUGAAGAAGGCUUACGAACUGAGCGUACUCUGUGACUGUGAAAUUGCACUGAUUAUUUUCAAUGGCUCUAACAAGCUGUUUCAGUAUGCCAGCACGGACAUGGACAAAGUUCUUCUCAAGUACACGGAGUACAACGAGCCCCAUGAGAGCAGAACCAACUCUGACAUUGUGGAGACUCUCAAAAAGAAAGGCUUAGAUGGUUGUGAAAGCCCAGAUGAUCAGAGAUACUUUGAGGAGGAGACAUUCAGCAAACUAAUUGAAGAUAGUGAUUUUGUUUUCAAACGAAACCCUGCACUGAACAAGAAGGAAAACAGAGGCUGUGACAGCCCGGACCCAGAUGGCUCCUACGUACUCACCCCCCACACUGAGGAAAAGUACAAAAAAAUUAACGAGGAAUUUGAUAAUAUGAUGCGCAGUCAUAAAAUCUCACCUGGAUUGCCACAGCAACCCUUUCCGAUGUCUGUCGCUGUACCGGUGUCCAACCCAAACACUUUAUCGUACAGUUCUCCUGGGAACACAAUGGUCUCUGCUUCAUUAGCUGCCAGCACAUCAUUAACAGAUGCAAGCAUGCUGUCCACAACGCCGUCAACACUGCAUCGAAAUGUGGUUUCCCCAGGGAUACCCCAGCAGCCUCCUAGUACAGGAAAUGCUGGUGUAAUGUUGUGUACGACUGAUCUCUCCAUGCCAAAUGGAGCAAGUUCCAGUCCAGUAGGUAAUGGCUUUGUAAACCCUCGUGCUUCUCCGAGUCUCUUAGGAGCAAUGGGAGGGAACGUGCUGGGGAAGGUGAUGCCUACCAAAUCUCCCCCACCCCCUGGAGGGAACCUUGUUAUGAAUAGCCGAAAACCUGACCUACGUGUGGUUAUUCCUCCUUCCAGUAAAGGCAUGAUGCCUCCUUUGACGGAAGAAGACGAAUUAGAUUUGAACGCCCAAAGAGUAACCAGUUCCCAAGCUACUCAGCCACUUGCCACCCCAGUUGUUUCAGUAGCUACUCCCAGUUUGGCCCCUCAGGGGCUGAUCUAUUCUGCAAUGCCUACUGCCUACAAUACAGACUAUCCUUUGACCAGUGCAGAUCUGUCAGUGCUGCAGGGGUUUAACUCCCCAGGAAUGCUGCCUCUAGGACAGGUUUCAGCUUGGCAGCAGCAUCACUUGGGACAAACAACCCUCAGCUCUCUUGUAGCUACUGGACAGUUAUCUCAGGGUUCUAAUCUGACUAUCAACACAAACCAACACAUCAAUAUAAAGUCUGAGCCCAUAUCACCUCCCCGUGAUCGGGUGACUCCUUCUGGAUUUCAACCCCAUCAGCACCACCAACACCAACCUCGCCCGGAAAUGGGCCGGUCGCCCGUCGGCAGCCUGAGCAGCUCCAGCAGUUCCUAUGAUGGCAGCGACCGAGAAGAUGUCAGAAAUGACUUUCAUUCACAAAUUGGCUUGGGGAGACCCACCAAUAACGAGGACAGGGACAGCCCCUCGAUGAAACGCAUGAGGAUGGAUGCUUGGGUGACAUAAAUAUUUCUCUGGACACCUUUUGUGGCAAAGAGCCCUUGAGCAUAUCUAAAACCAUAUGUCACAUCUAUUGUGUAUGCGCAUUUGUGUCCUACACACAUCCAUCAGGUACCUGCUGCAAUGACUGGAAAGACCUACAACUUUCUGCAGUGAUGUGGCACUUAAUGUGGACUUUCUGGGGGGAAGCAAUGCAUUAGGCAUCAGUGUAAUCCUAUCAUAGAAACUACAAAGUAAAUGACCCUUUUUAAAGGGAAAUUUGGAGCAUUAAGACCUUUCUGCACUUGGGAAGAGGGUCCUAUCCCCCCUCAUCCAUAUCCUCAGAGUGCUUUAACCUCUUUGCUGACAAAAGGGCAUUCAGCGCACUGUAUUAGCCCAUCUGGAAGCACAUGGGUUUCACACUUGAUAGAACAAACAGGACAAUGAAUGCAGGAAACAAAGAAAGCAAUACUGUAUAUGUAAAACAAUGUUUUAUCCAAAAUAAUCAUACCUACAGAUCCCUCUUUAAAAGGGAGCAGGUGAAGGGCUGAAGCUGCAAGAACUAUUUUUGCACGUGCGACACAAACCAUCAAUGAUAUCAGGUCAGAAAGUUUUAUGUUUCGAACCUAGGGAGUCGUAGGGUGUUGUUUGGGGGGGGUGUUAUUAGAAGGGAGAAUUUAAAAAAAAAAAAGAUCUAUAAGUCUUGGACAAAAGGCAUAUAAAUUAAUAUAUUAAGUUAUAAUUGGGGAUAUGUUAAAGUUUCUUUUUACCUUCAUACCUUAAAGACAGAGAACUGAUUUUAGCUUGUGUAUAUUUUAUAUUAUGGGAAAACAAUGCCCUUAUUGACUAUAAAUAUAUAUAUAUAUAUAUAUAUAUAUAAAAAGUUAUAUACUUUUGAACACAUUCUGCUAUUAAUUAUUUAUAUAAACCAAAGUUGUAUGUUUGAGCUUUUUUGUAGACUAUAGAUUUAUUCUUUUUUUUAUAGUUUUUUUUUUCUUGCUUUGAGAGUAAAAUAAAUAGAAAAUGUACAAAAAAAAACUCAAAUGCAACAACUUCAGAAAGAUAAAAGCCAUGAUACGCUUAUUCUGAUGUAUCUGUAAUUUGAACCUUGAGCCAAACUUUCUGUACAUAGCAUCAUAAAUAAGUCACCAGGACUUGAAAUGUUAAAGGUGAUGUCCUUAAAGAGUAGAAGAGUAUUGUGUGAGUAAUAUGUGCGAUUCAGUCAGAUAUGCUGUACUACUUUUUUUUUUACCCCUUUGGGCGAACUAUAGAAAUUGUUUGGGUUCUGUAAUGACAGUAACAUGUUUUAAUCUGUUGUUAUGUUCUGUACACAGAAAAGUGGCAAAAAGUAAUAUAUUGAUCUCUUUACAAGUUCCUCUUCUUGGACAUGUAACUGGACACAGUGACGCAAGGUGAUCUGUAAUAGCCUGAAAAGCAAAACGUAAAUAAAUAUAUAUCUGCUGUUA